AUGGCAGAUGCCAACAAGAAGAUGUCGGUUUCUCGUUGUCCAUUUCAUCCGAGAAAUGUCGAUCAUCGGGUAGGCAGAUUGCCGAUUUCGGUCAGCGGAUGCAACAACAACAGCCAUCGCUAUCCUGCCGGUGUGCACAAAAUGCCCAACUGGAGUGGUUCCACAUCGCGUGUGGUCCCGUGCCCGGUGAGUCUCUGCGGCUUCGGCACGGCUUCGUGUGCUUCCGGCUAUUCGAAGAAUUUCUUGGCUCGACGACCACUCGAAAGCCGGCCACGACUCAGUCAUCGAGCACCACCACCACCCAAACAACCACAACAACCCCAACAACCCCUACCACGCCCCCGAAUUGUCGCGUGUACAUCAUUGAAUCCAUCGCUCACCUGGAAGAACAAACGGCCACACAAUCGAUGGUUUGGCGAGAAGAAAAUUGUGAACGGCAUCCACACAUCCAUCCAGAUGAAACCACCCCGAGUCGGGCAGCGUCCUGAUCGAGAUUUUCUCAUUGUUUACGUAAAUCUCAUGCACGUGCGU